AUGGCAUCAAAAAAAAUUUUGAUUUUGAAUACUUUCCUGUUCAUCUUAAUGGAUUUGGCUACGAUUUCAAUCUUGCUUUUUGAAUCAGUUUAAGAAGAGAUAGGUUAAUUAUUAACGAUUUCAUUGAUAAUUGGAUAUGGGUCAUUCGUUAUAAUGCAACAACUGCUUGUAUAUACUGAGUGGAAAUUGAAUAUAAAAAGUAAAUUAAGUUUGGUUUCAUUUUUUGGGAAGAUCGUAAUUGUUUGGAUUGGUGGAGUCAAAUUAAUCACUAAUUAAUACCUAUUGAUCUUAUUUUAAAUUUACAUGACUUCAGAAAGUUACAGAGAAAACUCAUUAUAAUACUUGUUCGUUUUUAUGAUGGUUCUAAAUUUAUUCGAAUUCAAAAAGUUCAUUAAUUUUGGAUAUGAUUAACUAAUAAACUCAAUGCAAAUUAUUAUAUUGAUUGUUCAACAUUUUUAUUAAGUAAAAAAGUCAGAUGAUAAAUAUCAUUAAUCAUAUGUACAAGUCUCAACUGGAGGUGGAUAAAUGUAAUAAACAUUUGCAAUGAUGCAGGAAUCCAGAAGAAGCAUGCCAAUGAUAAAUUCAAUAAAGUUGGUGGAAGAUGAACCGUGGUUAGACCACAAAUGGUUAUAAUAUGAGAAGUAUCUUGUACUAGGAAGAGAUUUAAAGUUGAAGUUCUACAGUUUCGAUCUAAAUAUUUUGGGAAAAUUUUAAGAGAUGACAGAAAACUAGAACGAAAUCGUAGAUUAGCUGUUAGAUUAAGGAGUGAAGUUUAUAUCAAAAUUAGAAAACAGUUAACAAUCUCUUUCCUGUCAAAAAGGAGUGAUAACCUUGAGGUAAGUGCUAGAGAAUUAGUUGUAAACAUAGAUUAAUUAUGAACAUUAUUAUUAAACAUUCCAGAUGUAGGGUCAGACUUUAGAUGUAUCAAAGUACUUGUUGAAUGUAUUUGGUUUGAUUGGUAGACAAUAAAUGUAUUAUGUCAUGCAUUUUUAACUUGUGCCAAAAUUAGCGAUCGAGAUUAAUACUAACAUUUUCGAUAUGUGUAAAUCCCUUUCUCAUGAACUAGGAACAAGUCUCAAUUGCAUUCAAAGCCUAUCAGAAAUAGCCUUAUAAAAGUCAUCGGUUACUCAAGAUAUAAAAGAUAACAUCAUUUAACCCAUUCUUACAAACAGCCAAUAAUUAAAUCUAAUUAUAUCCAAUAUUAGAGAUUAUAGUUCAAUCGAAACUGAUCAAUUUUAAUUGAGUCUUUCUACAUUCAACAUCUUUGAGGAAAUCAAAGCAAUUGCUGAUUUCUUUUAGAUUACUUGUCAACAAAAAGGAAUCCAAUUAGUUUUGCCAACUGAAUCUUUUCCAAUUUUUAAUGACCGAGAUCGAUUUCGCUAAGUUAUUUUUUAACUACUGUCGAAUGCUGUUCGUUUCACAAUCACUGGCACUAUCUAAUUAUUGAUCAAAAAGCAGGAUUUUUUCUAUGAAAUUGUUGUGUCGGAUACAGGAAUAGGAAUGGUUGGUUAAGAAGAGAAUAAUCUAAGAAGAAUCUUAGAAUAACGCUUAAUGUUGAGAGUAUCAGAAAACAGUAUCGGUUCAAGUCUAGGCCUAUUUAUUAGCAAUUUGCUUGUCAAAAAAAUGAAUGCUGAUGAUGAUUGUAAAAUUCAAUUCACUUCCAAUAAAGCAGGUUCUAGUUUUUACUUCUUUAUCAAAAAUAUGUCUGAAUUCAAAAAUAACAUUGACAAACUACAAUCAGUCAAAUUUCAUAGAACAAUAGUUAGAUUCCAAAGCAUUAAUUCUUAUUAUGAAAAUAUUAAUGACAUACAAAUCAAGUUUGGCUAACAUACAUUUAAGUCAAUAACAAAUGGAUAAUCAAAUCUAGAUGAUGGCAAUGUUACUGUUUAUUCAAAAGAAUUCGAAGAAAAUAAAUAAACUAUUCAACCCCUUCAAUCCCUCAUUCCUUAACUUUAAGAUACAAUUCAAGCGUAUUCUCUUAAAAGUACAUGCUGCUCAAGAGUCCUAAUUGUUGAUGAUGAAUACUUUAAUAUUAUGGCUCUAUAAAUGCUAAUGCAAUAAUACUCUUCCAUUUGUGAUAAAGCUUAUAAUGGUAUGGAAGCUAUUGAACAAAUAAAUGAAAAGCUAGCCAACCCUUGUCCAAAAUGUUAAAAUUGCUGUUAUUAACUAAUCUUUCUUGACAUUAACAUGCCGAUUAUGGGUGGAAUUGAAGCUGUCAAAAUUAUUAAAAAAAUGAUGCAAAAUAGAAUUAUUAAAAAAGUUUAUGUUAUUGCCAACACUGGCUUUAGUGAUUUGGAAACCAAGGAAAAAGCCUAUGAUGCUGGAAUAGAUUAUUUCAUGACCAAACCUUUAAAUAUGAUGACUUUUAGGAGUAUAGCAUCCAAAAUAUUCCCAAGAGGAUGA